ACUCAUCAAAAUAUUCACGUAGUCAGUCACCUGUGUAGUUGACACACGGAAACCCAGUUUUGAUUACCCCCUUUGAAUGAGAGCAAGUUGGGCCGCAGAUUAUUCGAACAGGAUUAAAGGAACACUUUAUUCCAAGAUUUACAGUUGCCUAUUAUUGACAGUUUCAUUAAACUCUGCGGAUAUUUCCUCCCCUCUUGUUGAAUCAUGGAUUCCGGUGUAUUUCUGUUGACUAUAGUCACUACUGUCAUCUUUAUCUUGUUACUGAUCUAUUGCAAUAGGAGAAAACGCCAGGAGGCUAAAGAUAAAUACCCAGCUACAGAAGAAAGGCGAUUUAUCAAUCAAGUGACAGAAGAAACAAUCCGACCAAAGAAACAAAAACCUCUGUUUGCUCAGACUCAAAGAACAGAAUCUUUGUACGAACUUUUCAAGUCGAAAUCUGUUUCAGAGGUAGCAAGUCAAAUAUCAUCUCUUGAUGAAGUCAGCGCUGUUAUAGCGAAGGCUGGAUUGGAGUCUUGUAAUCUUAUCUUUGGGAUAGAUUAUACUGGAUCAAACUAUAUGCAAGGGAAGAAGACAUUUGGGGGAAAAUGUCUGCAUGAAAUCAGUGACAAGAUCUUGAAUCCCUAUCAAAGUGUCAUCGCCACUCUUGGAGAGACACUUGAACCUUUUGACAGUGAUGGCGCCAUCCCAGCGUUUGGCUUUGGUGAUGCCUACACUAAAGAUCGCUCUGUGUUUCAACUCAAGACAGAUGUAUGUCACUCAACAGAUCAAGGCAUCCCAUCUGGGUUUAAAGAAGUCUUGGAGAUUUACAAUCAGCUGACACCAAAAGUACGUCUUGGAGGACCAACCAACUUUGCGCCUCUCAUAAAUCAGGCCAUUGAAAUUGUCAAAGCUACAAACUCUUAUCAUAUCUUGGUAAUUGUGGCCGAUGGUCAAGUAACCAAUGAAAGGGCCACAACUCAAGCCAUUGUAGAAGCAUCAAACUAUCCAUUGUCUAUUAUUACUGUAGGAGUUGGAGAUGGCCCAUGGGAUACAAUGCAGGAAUUUGAUGACAAACUGCCCAAGAGAAACUUUGAUAACUUCCACUUUGUUGAGUACGCUAGCGUGACUAAAGGGCCCAACCCCAACGAAUCAUUUGCACUUCAUGCUUUGAAGGAAAUCCCAGACCAGUAUAAAGCGAUCAAGAAGCUGCAGUUGCUGUAGUUGUAUGACUUUCCUUUCUUCUUGUAUCUUUAGUAGAUUUGUAUUCAUGAAGUUGAUCACAUUUUUAAAAUAGAAUCUUUAAAUAUAAUUUGUUCUUAUUGAGAGAAGUAGAUGCCCACACAAUGUGUUUGUGUGCAUUCAAAUAGCAGCAUUAUGUAUUGUUAUUAUGUGAAAGCGUGAUCUUGUUUGAAGAUUGUUGUUUUAGUUUUAAUAUUUGACUACAGUCUACAUUGUUAAUAGGAACAAUUUAUUGAAUAUUUAUGCAUUUGAUGACAGCAUUUUCAUAGGUCUUUUAAAAAGCAUUUUUUGUGACUGUGUUUAGUCAUGUCUCUUCUGCUUGUGAAGGCAUAUACUUGUGUGUGAAUGAUAGAGCUAUGUAGAAUAUAUUUUUUAGAUAGAUUGGGUAAUAUGAAUUCUUAUACAAAAGCAGAGUAUUUGAUAUUUUAAAAAUUAAACACUAGGAUGAUGAACUUUUACUCUGUGGGUUAAAUGCACUGAUAAUGCAGUUGUCUAGUUCUCCACUGGGGGUUGUGGUACUUAGUAUAUCACUCUUGCAGCCUUGCAUAAUAAUGAUACAGUUAUGUCUAAUCUUAUCUAAUAAUAUACAGACAUUACUUCAAAAAAGGAGAUGAUAAUGUCCCUUACAUGGCUUGUGGGUCUAUUGGUAGAAUUAAUUAGUCAAAAAUUUGUUUAAAGAUGUUGAUCCUUCAAUGUAAUACAUGCAGCAGAGAGAUAUAAUGUUUUUUUUUGUUUUGAGCUACAAUUGCUUCCCCUGAAUCAUGCCUUACUGAACAUAGAAACUCUAGAAAAACCCAUCAAUGCAAAGCAUUUGAACAACUCAGGAUAUUAUAAUUAUUGUGUUUAAAAAGUUCAUAAUUGUGCUUAUGUAGGCUAUACUUAGCUUAUUGAGGUAGCUGAUGAGUAGAUUUUAAUUGAAUUCAUAGCUACCUGGAUUCUUGUAAAAAAAUAUUGUAAUUAAAGAUAUUUUUUUUCCCCAGAAAGUUCUGAAGUUGUAAAUCUUUUAGACAUCAUUCCAUUGUAUAGGUGCAUUAUUUACUAGUAUUUUCAAGAAUACUUUUUAUAAAAUUGAAGGAACUAUUUUUAUUCCAUUCUCUGAUUAUGUUUAAUUUUUUUUUUUGCUGAACAGCACAAUGUACAUAUGUUAUUUUAAAUAUAUUGUUAGCUUCAGUUUUAUUUGAAUAUUUUUUUUUUAUCAACCACUUAUACUCUUUUGGUUACCUCAUUGUUAUCUUUACAAUUAUGAUUUUCAUCUCCAUAGUCCUCAUCUUUGUCUGGUGUCAUUGGAGAAUAUACUUUUUAGAACAAUAUAUAGACAUUUUGCCAUGUAAUUUAAUACUGAGACCAGUUGCUUCAUUAAAAUUUGCUGUUUGUUUAUUUCUACAGUUGACUUCUGAUAGUCUGCCACUUUUUAAUCCAACACACUCAGUUAUCUGUAUACAUCAGCUGCACAUGCAUGUUGUGACAUGCGCGUCUCGCCUCUAUUUAUCUAUUGAUUCUGUGUUAUAUGGUGAAACUUCCUUAUGUAUCUUGCUGUGAUUACUAUUUGAUAGUUUACCUGCUAUAUUUUCUUUUUAGCGUUGGAGUUUUUGUUACGUCUUGCACACGAUGGCAAGAAAAAUUGUCAAACAUCAGCCUAAAACAUUGUCUCUUCCAAAAAAUGAUUAACCCAAUUGACUUUACUGUGGUAGGAUGUGGUGUCAAUGAACACCACACCACUGCAUCGGUCUCUAGCAGCAGUUUCUUUAAAAUUCCUUGUCUUGUUGAGAAAGAGAGCGUGGUGACUCCUUUUGAGUGAAAACAGGAUGUCUAUCUCUUUUUAAUUUUAUUUCUGGGAAUUUUUUACAAUGAAACCCCUAAUGCAUGAUCCCCCACCUAGGGAAUUGAGUCAAUUAGAAGCUUUUUAAUAUUCUAAAGGUAUUAAAUGUCAAUGUUUUUUUUUGAAACUAGACAUAAUAUUCUAUUUUUAAAGCUUUUUUAUUUAUACUUUCCAUUCUUUACUGUAGGAAAUGCUAACGAUUUUUCAAACUGGAAAUAGCAUUAAGAUUAAAAAUUAUGACCAUAUUGAAACUCCCAUUGUCAUUUCUUGGAUUUAUGGCAUCCUGUGACCAGUUACAAGAAAAAUGAUAAGAAACUAAAACAUAUUGUGAAAUCUAUUGAAGGUGACGUGAAAACCGAUGAAUUGUAGUGAUUAUCCCCAAGUUGGUAAAGCUCUUUCUUUAUUUUAGCCUUCAGAGUCUAAGACAAUAUCUUAUGACAUUGUAAUUAGAAUUCUUUGAGGUAUAGCUGACAUUUUGUUAUCCAACACUUUUUGGUAAUCCGACACUCUCCCAAUCCUGUAACUGUCAGACUGUCAAGAGUCAACUGUAUUCUUCAUCAUAGCCCCAUAGGUUGGUGAAAAAAAAAAAAAAAACAGCUCUUUCUAGAGAGGGCAUCAUAAAAAUUGUGUUUUGGGCAUUAGUUGUAAUGUGUUGUGUUGUAUUGUUUUUCAUGUCAGUUAAUGCAGUUUUUAUUCUCCCUCAGUUAUGUGGAUGGAGAGCUCUUGUGCUAAGUUUAGAACACAUAAAGUGAGUUUGUUACAGAUAAAAGAAUUCAAACACAAUGAGAUAGGAGAUUAAACAUUAGAAAAGAUAAAAAGUCUAUCUAGCUUUCUGGAUAGAAGACAUGGAAUUUAAAAUGAUUAUGAUGGCUGUUAGAGUAGGUAAAUAUAUUUUGACCUGAUUGACCACUGUAUUGCAUUGUUUUUUGUUUUUUUUUGCUUUUACUAUUUUACCAUUUGUAAGAAUACAUGGCUAACAAACUUUAUAUAAAUUAAACCCUGCUGGACCAAAGUAAAAAGCACAUUUUCAUAUAUUUAUUAAUAUUGUAUUUUUUAUACAGUUGUUCACUUCUGCAAGCAGUAAGUGUUUUUUUUUUAUUAAUGGCAUUGUUUACAAGUAUUAGGACCUAAAGAUAUGUUAACUACUCUAAGUGUAAGAAAUUUAGGGUUAUGAUUUAAAAUGUAGCCUAGUUUUUGGUUUUUCAAUUGAAAACAUGACAAAAUUAUUUUUAUAAAAAAAAAAAAGGUUGGCCAUGCAAUUAAUGACAUUAAAGACAUUUUUAACUAUAAUGUUUUAUAUUAUUUUAUUGUUAACAUGGGGACGCGGUGGCUGAGUGGUAAAGCGCUUGGCUUCCAAACUGAGGGUUCUCUGGUUCCAAUCUCAGUGAAGGCUGGGAUUUUGAAUUUUUAGGACGCCCCCAAAUCCACCCAACUUUAAUAGGUACCUACCAUUAGUUGGGUAAAAUAGAGGUGGUUGGUCAUUGUGCUGGCCACAUGACACCCUUGUUAACCAUCACCCAUAGAAACAGAUGACCUUUACAUCAUCUACCUUAGAUCGCAAGGUCUGAAAAUGGUACUUUACUUUUACUCUGUUAUAAGCAAGUAUGUUUAAAUAGUUGACAGUUAACACUUGUAUACUAUUACUGUAUGUGUCUACAUUUUCAGAUGCUAGUCCAAUGAUAACUUAAAGAUUUUCACACUUUUUGUUAUCUACUCACAAAAAAUUGCCAACAACAAAAUAGAGAUCUAGACCAACUUUUUUUCUAUGUGCAGAUGUUCAUUUGAAUGGUUCAUAAAAAUGUCUUUAGCAACAAUUCGUAGCUCUUAUGUCUUUAGCAACAAUUCAUAGCUCUUAUGUCUUUAGCAACAAUUCAUAGCUCUUAUGUCUUUAGCAACAAUUCAUAGCUCUUAUGUCUUUAGCAACAAUUCAUAGCUUUUA